GACGAGCAGCUGAAACGACUUCGCGUGGCGCUGUAGCGGUUUGUGUUCUUUCAGCUUUUGAAUCGAAUAGUGAGGCAAGGAACGCGGAGGCACGCCGAGUGAGAGUGAAUGUGUGUGUGUGUGAGGGAGAGAGAGAAAGAAAGAAAGAAAGAAAGAGAGAGAGAGAGAGGGGUGAUUAUAUGUAUGUGUGUGUGUGUGGUGACAGUCCAAUAGAGCACAGUGUUUCCAGGCAACCGGCCCAGCGACUGCUAGCACACUCACUCAGUCGGCACCGUGCUAAAUAUCCGGUAUUUCUACCAUUCCAUCAUUCCGCUCCAGUGGACAAGAGGGAUUUGUUGUAGAACAGUGCGUGUGUUCAGUCCGACCAUAAAGUGUUAGUACUAGUAGCGGCAGGAGUGUCCGAGAAUUUCAUUGCAACAUGCAAAACAAAUAGAAUGAUCUGCGCUAUUACCAGGCAUUGAGGGAUCCCUUCAACUGGUUCUUGGUUGGAUAUUUUGUCGGCGUUCUGUUCCCCCCUCAGCGUGGUACUUUGUCAAAAUGGGAAAGGAACAGGAACUCUUAGAAGCGUCUCGUACUGGGAAUGUGAUUCUGGUGGAAAAAUUAUUGAGUGGUAAAAAAGGAUUAUUGGGCACCGCAUCUGGAUCUAUACCGCUCCCGAGCUUGCUGAGCAUCUGGCGAGGACUUAAUGUAAACUGUACAGACAGCUCUGGUUACACCCCUUUGCACCAAGCAUCUUUAAACGGGCACAAGGAUGUUGUACUUAAAUUACUCCAGUAUGAAGCCUCAACCAAUAUAGCGGACAACAAAGGCUGCUUCCCUCUUCACCUGGCUGCAUGGAAAGGGGAUGUUGACAUUGUGAAGAUCCUUAUCCACCAUGGACCAUCUUACUGCAGAGUCAAUGAGCAGAACAAUGAAAAUGAAACCGCGUUACACUGUGCAGCUCAGUACGGGCACUCGGAAGUGGUGGCAGUUUUGCUGGAGGAACUCACUGACCCCACCAUGAGAAACAACAGGUCUGAAACCCCUCUAGAUCUAGCAGCACUCUAUGGGCGCCUGCAGGUGGUGAAGAUGCUGGUGAACGCACACCCCAACCUCAUGAGCUGCAGCAUCAGGAAGCACACCCCUUUACACCUGGCAGCUCGCAACGGGCACAGAUCUACUGUGCAGGUACUGCUGGAGGCUGGCAUGGAGGUGAAUUGCCAGACAGAGAAUGGAAGCGCAUUGCACGAGGCAGCAUUGUUUGGGAAGAUGGAUGUGGUCCGACUUCUGUUAGAGACAGGAAUUGAUGCCAACAUUAAGGAAUCUCAAGGAAGAACAGCUUUGGACAUUCUGAAGGAGCUCCCCUCACAGAAAUCCCAGCAGAUUGCAGCACUCAUUCAAGAAUAUAUGACGGAAAAAAUGGAGACAAAAAGCAUAGAGGAGCCAGUGAGACAGUGUCCUGUCCCAACACCUCGGACCUCUGUCUCUUCCCCAGCAGCAUCGCCGCCCCAUAACACCAAAAAUGAAGCAGUAACGGGAGAACUGUCUAAACUAUUAAAUGAAAUAAAAAUGUGCAAAGACAAGGAGUAUUCUUUUGAAGAUUUGUGCCAAACUAUUUCAACACACUCCAUGGAGAGCUUUGGUAGUGGCAAGCUUUCCAAUGAGGACGUGGGCAGGAAUGGCAGCUUGACCAAGAGGAACAAGCGACCUUCACCUCCUCUCAUCCCCCCGCCUGAAGAAGAGGAAGGAGAGAAGAGCUGUGGACCUGCGGGGCUGUGGGAAGCAUUGACACCCUGUAACGGCUGCCGGAACCUGGGAUUCCCUAGUCUCUCACAGGACUCUAAGACAAAGAAAAGUAACCAUGCAGUGGAAAUAGUGCCCUCCCCCUCAUUUGAUGUGUUCUCCCCAGAAGAAGAAGAUAACCCCUAUGAAUUCUCAGUGACAGCUGUGACCAGAAAACCUUGCUCUUUGGACAUCUCCCGCUUGUCUGCUAAAACAGAAAAAGCGCCCCACGUUACCAUCACUGAACCUGAGCUUCGUAACCAUGGAAACAGCUCCACAGGUCCAACACCAGAUUGUUCACCUCCAUCACCAGACACUGCACUGAAAAAUAUUGAGAAAGUUAUUCGACCACAGCAGAGUGAUCACAUGACCUUAACACUGCCCUAUUGUCAGAGCUCUUGCUCUACAUCCCACCUACAGCCCAAGCAGCGCACAUCCCUGAUCCCAUCCCUGGAGGUGCACCGACCGAACCACAGCUAUGACUGCUCCGAGGUCAGCUCUUCUCUAGGCUAUGCCAGCUUCAGCACCAGCCCCCCUAUCAGCCCUGCCAACUACUCCAUUGGGUCUGUGGAAGACUGCGACUUGGCAGAGAUUCUGUGUCAGAGAGAAGCCCCAGCCGAACAGGAGCUUCUAGAGGGUCACAUCCCUGAGCAGUUCGCAGGCCUUCUGCACGGGUCUUCCCCUGCUUGUGAGUCUCCAGAAAAUCCCUACCAGCUGUACAGUAAAGUGAGAAAAUACAGCGCACCAGAGCCAAGGAGCAGUCAGAACACAAAUCUACUGCAGACAGCGGAGUACGGUGCCCACUUCCUACAAACUAGCAGCAAUGCAUCCGCACUGAAGGGCACCAAAGAGUGCAAACCACAGGUCGUUUAUAGAACUAUUUUCCACACAAAAGUCAACCAGACUGGUUGCGGCACGUUUGUGACCACCAGGAAUGUGAGGAACGGGGAUCAGUGGGUAAGCAACGCUUCUGGAGGGUUUGAGGAUCGCGCUUGCACUUUAGGAAGGAUGCGGUCUGUUCCCAAAAGCAUCUUGGACCUGCAGCUCACCAGAAACAUUUCCAAGUCAGACUCCAAUCUCAUCUCCUGCUCUCCUAUCGAGGAGGAAACGAGGAACAGUCGGUGUGAGUCUGCAACAAACAAACCUAACCCCGGAAAGCUGCUGGAGAGAACUCCUUCUUUCACUGCAGAAUGGGAAGAAAUUGAUAAAAUCAUGAGCUCUAUAGGAGCUGGAAUCAACACCGGCCUAGAGGAGAUCAAAGAAGAUGUUUUGGGACCCCGGUGCCCUGUGCAGUCUGUGGGACAGUGGUUGGAUAACAUUGGGCUUGUUCAGUAUGAGAACCACCUGCUGGCUAAUGGAUUUGACAAUGUGCAGUUCAUGGGAAGCAACGUUGUUGAAGACCAGGACUUGCUUGAAAUUGGAAUCCUUAAUUCUGCACACAGACAGCGGUUUCUCCAGGCAAUCCGUCUCCUCCCGAGGGUGAGACCGAUUGGAUAUGAUGGAAACAACCCGACUUCAGUAGCAGAAUGGUUGGAAUCAAUAGAUUUGGGUGAUUACACAAAGUCCUUUCUAAUCAAUGGCUAUACGUCGAUGGACCUUGUAAAAAAGAUCUGGGAGAUUGAGCUCAUCAAUGUGCUGAAGAUAAGCCUCCUGGGACACAGAAAGCGAGUUUUGGCAUCUCUCGGAGAUAGGCUGCACGACGAGCCACCUCAGAAACCACCGAGAUCUAUUACCUUGAGGGAACCAAGUGGAAACCACACUCCUCCCCAGCUCUCUCCAUCCAUUAGCCAAAGCACGUACACUACCGGUGGUUCGCUGGAUAUCCCUCAAAUUAUCAUGCAGGCGGAUGCAAGGAGAAGACAAAAUGAAAACUACUUUGAAGAUGUUCCGAGGUCAAAGCUGGAGAGACAGAUGGCACAAGUCAGUAUGGCAGGAGAGUGGUGUGAGCCAAUUACGCUGCGACCACCCAAUGAAGCCACGUCAUCUACUCCUGUUCAGUACUGGCAGCAUCACCCAGAAAAACUCAUUUUCCAGUCAUGUGAUUAUGAAGCAUAUUACUUGGGCUCAAUGUUGGUAAAAGAGCUACGAGGAACAGAAUCAACCCAGGAUGCCUGUGCAAAAAUGAGAAAGUCGACAGAACUGCUGAAGAAAAUUCCUACCAUUGUUCUUUCUGUUUCGUACAAAGGAGUCAAGUUCAUUGAUGCUACAAAUAAGAAUGUAAUUGCUGAACAUGAAAUCCGAAACAUUUCCUGUGCUGCCCAGGAUCCGGAUGAUCUCUCUACAUUCGCUUACAUCACAAAAGACUUGAAGUCCAGCCACCACUACUGCCACGUUUUCACCGCAUUUGAUGUGAAUUUAGCAUAUGAAAUCAUUUUGACGCUAGGGCAGGCUUUUGAGGUGGCUUAUCAACUAGCCCUACAAGCCAGAAAGAGUGGCCAUGGUUCAUCUACACUACCAGAGAGCUUUGAGAAUAAACCAGCCAAACCCAUCCCAAAACCCCGCAUUGGCAUUCGAAAAUCUGUGGUUAUGCCCCAAACUAGCCGCUGGUCCCUGGGUCACAUUUACACCCCACACAGACCUCCACACCCUCCUGUUCCUCCUUCACGACUUCAUCCUCACAAAGUUCAAUUUCAGAUUGACCCACCAUCGAUGGAACAAAAGAGUCAUGCUAAUGUGCCAUGGAUUGUGGAACCUGGGCAAGAAGCAAAAAGAGGAGUCAACACUAAGUAUGAGACCACUAUUUUCUAAUUUAAACCCAUGUCUACUUCUCCUCUGUGUGUGUGUGCCUUUGCACUCUGAGCAGUGACAGCUCAGCGCUUCCUCUGUGGAGACCUUUGACCCAGUUGAAAGGAAGCCUGCACUGUCUUGAGUGACUUCACACCGUUUACUCUCCACUGUAUGAGGUCACUGUCUCUCUGCUUGACAUUCCUCCCACAGUGGCACAGCAUUGUCACUGACGCAUGAGGACUGUCCUGAGACUUCUUGAAAGGCAGUCUGUCAGAGGGCCUAAAUCAAUGCAGUUUAGUGUUGCUCAUACUUGUGAUACAACACUAUUCUUUUUUUUCCCUUUUUUUUUUUUUUUUUUUCCUCAAGCCCUUGUGGGAUUUCUGAAGCCCUCUCCAACUGCCUGAAUGAAAAAACCUUAAUGCUGCUGAGAGCUGAUAAUACUUUUAAAGUGUUUUUACAUUUGUCGCUAGCAACACAUGUUCUACUUUAGUGUGGUUACCUGUGAUGAGAAAUUGAGAAAAACUGCUUAACUGGUUUAACUGCUUCUUUGUACUGCUCAUAGUAGGAUGAACCUAACUGAACUGAUGUAAAGGGUUAUUUGCUGUAAACUAUGUAGCAAAUUCAACUUUUUUUGACUGAGAUAAUUGUACUACAUGACCUUCAAAGAGUAUUCAUUUUAAUGUGUCCCUGAUUUAAACUGUUUUUACUGUUAUGUGAAAUCUAAGCAAAUGUAUUCUACCAGCAUAUUGUUUACUUAAUAAAAAGUUUAUUUUCAUUUUUCUUAUUUAAAAAAAAAAACAAAAAAACACAAAAAAAAAAAAAAAAACAUAAAGUGCAUUGUGUCCUCAAAGUUUGAAUCGGGGCUUGAAUACUAUUCUAUAAAAAUGACUUUUCAGAACAACACUGUGUAUAAAAGUAUAAGAACAAAAAAAAAAAAAAAUGUUCUUUUACUAUGAAGAGUUUUUGAAAAAACUUUUUGUUUUCAUUUUGAAACUCUGUAGCUUAAAAUAUCCACUGUAGCUUGCCAAAAGCUUGAAGUCCAUGUUGGAUUGGUGAAGAUGGCAGUCUUCAAAGCAGCAAGUGUGCAGCCCCCCAGCUGUGGCAGUGAAUUUUCUGGAAUACACUGGAUAAGUUGUUAAAGUUUUAUAUACAAUACAGUGCCAGACGAUCAGCUCUUUAACUGUGGAUGCAGAGCAUGAAGCCAUUAAUAACUUAAUGUGUUGCACAAAGUAUUUCAAAAAGGUACUCACAGUGACUGCAGAAAAAGUUAGUUUUCAUUUUUAAAUGUUUUUGAUUGAAAACAAACAGUGGUCUCCUCAUUAUAUAUUGUUGGUGUCAUGGAUUAAUAAGCCUUGUGUUUACACAAUCUAUGUUUAUGAAUCUCCUUAUAUAGCAGUAAGAUUGUGACAAAUUUGGAGCUGUUUUUUUCCCCUCCUGAAAGAGAACAUUUCAGCCUGCUCAUUUAAACACUUUUUUCUAACCUAUAGUAUCAAUACGCUUUGAUGUGGCUUGAAACCAACCAUGUAAAAUGUAUUGAGACUGAAUUUAACUGUGCACUGUGCACAAUCAAGCAUUAUGGGAGACGGAAAACCAUUUAAAAACGAUUGACAUCCAUUUAAAUAUUCAUAUUGUGAAACAUUCUAAUGUUUAAUAUAGGAUUAUUAUUAUUAUUAUUAUUAUUAUUAUUAUUAUUAUUAUUAUUAUUAUUAUUAUUGUGUAAUUAUGGUCUAACGUUGUCUUAAUGUUACAUUAUUUUUAUAUGAUAUGCUGAAAUCUAAGCUGGGCUUAACAAUAGUCAUCCAAAAAAAAUAAUGAAUGUUGGGAUGGCUUAAUUAGCUUGGUUUAUAACUGAGAAUCAAAUGUAUAAUGUAUGGUUGGGCUGAACUGUACUUCAAGUCAGUUGUAAUCUUUUAAUACAGUAUUACAUUACUUGAACAAUAGCGGUUCUCUUGUAGAUAUUUUGCCUAUUCAUUGUUCAUACAUGUACGUAGUAAAUAUUGAAGAAAAUAGCUCUGGAAACAUGGUACCAAAAUUUUAAAAAAUUAAGAAAUUGUAUGAAGGAAAGUAAAUAGUGGCCUCACUGCAACUAAUAAAUGUAUAUAUGCUUGGGCUUCCAGUUAAAAUAUUUUGUAAUUUUGGUCAUUAUUUAUAUCCCUGUAAAAGCACAUGAAAUAAACCAAACUUGUACAACCGUUA